AUGAAGUACGGUCAACUGCUCUGGCUAGUGCAAGCUAUCGCCCUUUCUUCUGCGUUUGACGUGGAAGAUGCGGCUAAGCAGUACUCCGAGUCCGACGUCAGAGGUCAUCUGGAGAAGUUCCAGUCUAUCGCCGAGAAGGGUGGCCAGCCAAACAACAACCGGUUCAUGGGGUCCAAGCCGCAUGAGCAGACUCUCGAUUACAUUGAGAGUCAGCUGGAAAGCUGGGGCUACAAGGCGAAGAGAGAAAGCAUUGACACCUUUUACUGCAAGUCAAACACAGUCAGCGUGCACAUUGACAACAAGGAGAUCAAAGACGUCUCGCCCUUCUGGUACUCGCCGACAGGCACGGUGGAGGGUGAACUCGCAAUCGUCGAGGGCAACGGGGUUAAGGAGAGCGACUUCGGUUCUCUGGUGAAAGACAAGAUCGCCAUCUUUCAGCGAGGUGGAGACAGCAAUUCGGUUUUUGGUUCCCGAAUUGAUCACGCCCAAAAAGCUGGUGCCAAGGGAGUCCUCAUUUGGAAUAACAGACCGGGACCACUACGUCUCCCCGGGGGCACCCUCAUCACUCUCUCCAACCCGGAUGCCCUAGGUCACAAAUACGUGCCGACCGCGGGUUUAACCCAGGACGCCGACAAGGACCUUGUCGAGCGAAUAAAGACAGGCAAGGUGCGAGCCAAAAUUGUUUCAAAGUGCGACGAUAAGGAGGUCAAGACCGAGAACAUCAUCGCGGAGACCAAGAAGGGCGACGGUAAGAACGCAUUGCUCAUCGGAGCCCACACCGAUUCCGUGCGCGAGGGCCCUGGUAUCAACGACAACGGGUCUGGCGUGGCUGCCGUGCUGGCACUGGCCAAAUUCUUCAAGGACUUCAAGGACCAAAAGAACAAGGUCCGCUUCGCAUUCUGGACAGGCGAGGAGGAGGGCCUCAUCGGAGCGUACAAAUACGUGCGCGCGUUGGGCACCACCGACCUUGAGGAGAUCAAGCUCUACUUCAACGUUGACACCCUCGGCAGCCCGAACGGCAUCAACACCGUGGUAACGACGUCGGGCGAAGAGACCAAUUCGGCGGGCAAGUAUCAACGCGAGUUCUACAAGAGCCAGAACCUGGCCAACGACGAGCAAGACACGAGCCCCGCCAUCGACGCGUGGGCUUUCCAGCAGUUCGGCGUCCGCGUUGUCGCGAUCGAAACCGGGUUUAACGGUGAGAAGAGUGAGGAGGAAGCAGCAAAAUUCGGCGGCACAGCUAAGGAGCCUUACGAUGCGAACUAUCACAAGGCUGGUGAUACGAUUAAGAACGUCAAUAUGGAUCAGCUCGCGGUCAGCGUCAAGGCCGUCAUCUACACUGCCGCCAAGUGGAGUGAAAGCUUCGAUGGGCUAUGA